UGCCCAGCUAUCAGGAGUUUCCUAGCAACAGGUCAUUGUGAUUUAGUUCUUAGGCUGGCAGAGAGGCAAUUCUGAGACAGUUGGCAGAGCUGUUCAAUGGCAGUGGACGCUUUUGGCAGAGCAGACCAGGUCAGUCCUAAAACCCACAGUGAUGGCCUCCUGGUUUGAUGGCCUUAGCUCUAGCUUAGGCUGUUACCUAGGGCCAAUGAGCCACAGUGUGGUGUCCUUAACUAGACACAUCUCUAGGUGCACUAAAGAUGUGUGGAUGGUGGAAUCCAAAACAGAGGAGUCAAACGAAUUAAAGAGGAAGGAGGUGGAAACCACUAAAGAAACUAUGAGACCAAAGGUUGGAAGAUUUAUGACAUUUUAUAGUGAUAAUGAUCUUGAAAAUAAGCAGAAAACUGCAGCUUACAAUGAUCUACUAAUAAAAGGGGACUUAGACAUCAAACUAUUCAUUGGAAAAGAGACACUUGAAACACAAAAAUUACAGAACUUGAGGGAAGAUACUGAAUCAGUAAAUGCAGCAGCAGGCUUCGUACCAGCAACGUUUUCAACAUUACUGGGUGGAAACAUUGACCCCAAGGCUUCUGAAUAUAAACAUGAACUCAAACAGAAAAAUCUGGAAAUUAUGAUUCUGAGAGAAAGACAUGAAAUAAUGUACCAUAAGUUACUCAAGCUACAGAAGGCCACUGAAUCUACAAAUGUGACAAGUAGCCUCGUAACAGCUACCCCUGCUUCGAUUUCCCUUGGUGAUAAUAUCAACCACAGUGCUUCUGAAUAUGAACAUCAACUCAAACAGCAAAACCUUGAAAUGAAGAUUCUCAGAGGAAGAAAUGUAGCAAUGAAGCACAAGUUGCUCAAGCUACAGAAAGCCACUCAGUGUCUAAGUGUGGCAGCUGGCCUCCUGCCAGCAAUGUCAUUAGCAUCACUAGGUGAAAACAUCGACCCCAAUGAUUCUGAAUAUAAACAUAAACUUGAACAGAAAAACCUGGAAGUGAAGAUUCUGAGAGGUAGAAAUGUAGCAAUGAAGCAUAAGUUGCUCAAGCUACAGAAAGCCACUCAAUGUCUAAAUGCGGCAGCUGGCCUCCUACCAGCAACGUCAUCAGCAUCACUGGGUGAAAACAUCGACCCCAAUGAUUCUGAAUAUGAACAUGCACUUGAACAGAAAAACCUGGAAGUGAAAAUUCUAAGAGGAAGGAAUGUAGCAAUGAAGCAUAAGUUGCUCAAGCUAUGGAAAGCCACUCAAUGUCUAAAUGUAGCAGCUGGUCUGGAACCAGCUAUACCUGCUUCAACUUCGCUGGGUGAUAAUAUUGACCACAGUGCUCCUGAAUGUAAAAAUCAACUCCAACAGCAAAACCUUGAAAUGAAGAUUCUGAGGGGAAGAAAUAUAGCAAUGCAGCAUAAGUUGCUCAAGCUACAGAAAGCCAUUCAAUGUCUAAGUGUGGCAGUUGGCCUCCUACCAGCGACAUCAGCACCACUGGGUGAAAACAUUCACCCCAAAGAUUCUGAACAUAACAAUGAAUUUGAACAGAAAAACCUUGAAAUGAAGAUUCUGAGAGAAAGACAUGAAGCAAUGAAGCGUAAAUUGCUGAAGCUACAUAAUGCCAAUCAAUCUAUAAAUGUGUCAGCUGGCCUCAUACCAGCUAUGCCUGCUCCAACUUUCCUGGGUGAUAAUAUUGACCCCAAUGCUUCUGAAUGUGAACAUCAACUUGAACUGAAAAAUGUCAACCAUCCUGCUUCUUCCACUUACCAGCACCUACAGAACAGAAUGACCUGGUGGAUUUGGUCCAAAGAACAGAAUGUCACCUUUUUCAGCUGGAAACACUCUACUCGUGAUAUGAAGCACCUCGAUUCACCAGGAAAAUCUGAAGUAGCUAAAAAUGAUCCAUCAAGUCUUCAAGAAAUUUUACAGCUCCAACACAGCAUAGUAAAUGUCACCUCCUAUGUGAAGCUUUCUCAAGUCCCCAUCCUCAAACAGAACUGGUAUUUUCUGUUGACAGCUAUAACUCUUAGUUUAACCUCUAUCAUAGCACUUAGCAGUGUGAAUUUAAAUGAGAUGAAGACUGUCAAACUCUUGGUUUGA